UGUUCACAUCAACUUAAUUCAUUCUUCAAUUCCACAGAAGGGCAGACACUGAUGAAGUUUUGUUUUGUGAUCGGCAUUACUGUUAAUAGGAAACAUGGAUAUUCUAGAGACAAGCUCAAGACAUAAGAAGAAAUCCCAGGCUACUGUAAGGAACACUGUGCCAAAGCUGCUACCCUUCCUGAUGAGCGUAUGUAAUUAUUAUGUGCUGUGGAUCCCACUCUCUCAGCCAGACUGGUACAAUGCUCUGAUUAAGUGUCUGCCAAUUCUCAGUCUGGGGUUUUUCACCAUCGUCCAUUCCAUUGGUGUGGGCAGGUUCAGCCCUUACGCUAAGAAAAUCUUUCUUGGGCUACUCUUCUCUGCAGCUGGUGACAUCUGCUUGGUUUGGCCAGAGUAUUUCCUCUUUGGUAUGCUUAUGUUUGGCUUGGCUCAUCUCAUGUACACAAUCGCCUUCGGCUUCUAUCCUCUGAAUAUUCGAAUCUUCAUUGUCCUUGCUCUGUUCGGUGUCACCUUUUACUCUGCAACUGUCUCUUAUCUAAGUGGACCUUUUGUUUAUAUGGUGGCUGGAUACUCCAUGCUGAUUUGUACUAUGGCAUGGAGGGCACUGUGCCGGGUCAGUUUGGCAUCGCACAAGUUCUCCUGGGCAUGUAUCUCUGCUGCAUUGGGAUCAAUCUUCUUUAUGGUCUCGGACUGUGUGCUGGCAGUUGAUAAAUUCUGCUUCCCUGUCACCAAUGCUCGCGCUAUUGUCAUGUCAACAUACUAUGGAGCCCAGCUGUUGAUAGCCCUCUCAGUUACUGCCAAGCCCCAAGAUGACUUUCUGUGGAAAUCUGAAUAAACGGAAUAUUUGUGUGUUUUUUUUAAAAUCAACAUUCUGUUGUUUUCCUAAUGUUUCCUGCACUCACAGAAAUAAAAAAAAAAUUGUAAAUAA